AUGAAGGUCACCGCUGCUCUUGUCUCGCUGGGGCUGGCCAGCGCCGCGUUCGCGCAACAGCAAACCCUUCCCAAAUGUGCUCAAAGCUGCGCCGAUAAAUUUCUGACGGGCGGCAUUGGCAACUGCGGCAGUGACCCCAAGUGCAUCUGCGCGGACAAAGGCUUCCUGGGCGGCAUCGCCUGCUGCCUGGUGGACGUCUGCGACGCUCCGGCCCAGAGCUCGGCUGUGGCCUUUGCUGCCAGCCUCUGCAAUGGCUUUGGCGUGACCGACCUGCCGACCGCCGUCUCCUGCACCUCCACUGCUGCCUCGACGACCACGGGCUCUGCCUCCACCACUGGCUCUGGCUCGACCUCCGCGACGCAGACUGGCACCGGUGCCGCGAGCGCCGCCACCAACUCUGCCAGCACCAGCAACAACCUCGGUCCCCGCCCGACCGCCGCCGCCGGUCUCGGCGCCAUUGGCGGCAUCGUGGCUGCCGUCGCGCUUCUCUAA